CACACACACACACAGUAGAAGUAGAGAGAGAGAGAGAGACACACACACACACACACAGUAGAAGUAGAGAGAGAGAGAGAGAGAGACACACACACACACACACACAGUAGAAGUAGACACAGAGAGAGAGACGGAGCUCAGAGGGUGAGAUGGAGCCGCGGUUAGAGAAGCGCGAUCCGGUCUCCCCGAAGCGGCUCUGCUGAACCGUGGCACCGGAGAACCGACCCGGGAGCCCCGGUAAUGGCCGAUCCUCUGCGGCGGACUCUGCUAGCCAAACUCCGUGGGAAGAAACCCAAGAAAGGCUCGUUGUCGGCCGACUGGAACAGCGAAGAAGGUAAAGAGGAAGUUGAGCGAGCGGAGCUGGAUUACGUGCCGAACGCCAUGAGAGGUAAGCAGGGCUGUGUGUACGGGGGGUUCGAGCGCACUGUGCACGUACACGCCGGUCGGGGGGGGGAUCAGAGCUGCGGACACGGGGGGCAGAACGCACACAAGCUCUCGGGGGUCUCCGGUCAUAAGCACCAGCUGCUCUUGACGAACGGAGCGGACAAGCAGCCGGUCGCAGUUCCGCGGAGACUCACCGAGGGAGACUCCAUAGGCUUCGGGAACUGCAGCGAGCUUCCCUUUGUGCAUGUGAUGGAUUGUGUUAAAAAUGCGCACUGCCGAGAACCUGAUUUCAAGCCAAACAUGACCAAAGAAAAGCAUGUGGAGGUGGAACGAUGCCUGAACACUGGAAGACCAGAACCUGGCGGAACCCAAACGGACCGUCCGGAUCCACCUUCCCAGUGUCUCCAUUCAGGACGUGUUAAUGAGCACGACUUGAUCCAGACUAUUGAAAGUUCUUUAGAGCUUUGUGAAGAUUUCAGCAUGCCUCCUUUGCAGAGUCCGACUUUUUUCCCCACAGAGCUGGAGAUAGUAGAUGCUGACUUGGCUCCUCGAAUGGUGUGUGGAAGAGAGGGAAUGAACUGCCACAAUUCCAUAGACAGUGAAGACGAUGACUAUUAUGAUAACGAAAUUCUGCCAUUUUACGAGUCUGGCUUCAGGAGCAACGAGUCAAAAGAAAGUGAAGGACUGUUGAGAACUUCUUUUCACCCUCUACAGUCUGAGUCAUACCAGAUUGUUGACUCCAGCACUCAGGAAACAGACCGACUCAGGAGUCAACUCAAAGAAGCGUACUACCUUCUGAUCAAUGCCAUGGAUGGCAUCGCGUUUGAUGGACAGGUGCAGACAAAUGGCUAUGUGGAGCAAAGCAGCAUCUCAAGUCAGUCUCGUGAUAGCCUCAGCAUAAGUUCUGAUUCUUCCACAAGGCUCUCCAGGUCUUCUGGAGAACAUGGUGGCCACCACUGGAGUCCUGGAAAAAGCAGUGCUGCAAACUGUGGGAGUUCUCGGAGGAGCAAAAGUUUGCAGAAUCUUCUCUUGGUCCAAGGGAGACCUAUUCUGCAGCGGUCCAUGAGUGAUGAUGGCGUACAGUAUCCUUUGAAGGAAAAACAAGGUGAGCUGCACACAGAAAACAGGAGCCUCGCUAAAACCGUGCCUGUUCAUACACCUCCAUUCUCAAAUUGUGAAAACCUGGAAUCGGAGACAGCAGCUACUGAAGAUCACAUGAUCACAGAGCACGCAGAGGAGGAGAACAUUAAUCACCAGGAUCCUUCUGAUAGAGUUCCUCCCAGAACAUCUGACCCAUUGUGCUCACAGCAGAUGACUCUUAUCAGGCAUGUUGGUGUGAGUGCAGGAAAGCCUCCUGGGGUCACCGUUAACAAGAUGCAGGAGUGGAUGCACAAAGGCCGCUUACUUUCUUCAGAGAUGAGGCAAAGGAUCGCUGGAUCCUCCUCACAUGGAGUGGCUCAGGAGCACCACGGACAUGAGGGCCAAGCCUGGACCAAACUCUUCAACCAGGUCAACAGUGUAAAUGGAGAAAAAACAGGACUCUUGGUGAAAUCUUCGAGUGGACAUCACCCAGUACCUGUGAUGGACACCCGAGACUCCUGCGCUCGUUCAGUUCCUCUGAACUCCAUCACUGUCUCCAAGAAGCGUAAUUGGCUGAAUCAGAGCUCCACACGGCCCUUGCCACUGUCUGACGAGGACGACCACACAAACCCUCCACACGUACACACUUACGCAACCCGAGUCCCUGCUUCCGACCCUGCAGAGGAAAACGACGCCGACGACGAGGGUGAAAUCUGGUACAACCCCAUUCCUGAGGACGAGGAGGUCGAGCUCCAUCUCAGAGAUAAUGGGGCAAGAGUGGCGAGGCGAACGAGUGGUGGGGAAGUGGGCAGAGCCUCCUCUACUUCCAAGGAUUCUGGGAACUUGAAUGCCAGUCAUUCCAGCGAGCAGAAACAUGUGUACAGACAGAUGUGCAGAUCACAGGAUGAGAAACCCAUCAUAAAGCAUACAGCUACAGAAUCGCCCGAGCAAAGUGUAACGGGCUUCUCCCCCCCCUCCAGUCCGAACCCUGCUAAGAAGAGCUGCUCGAUCAACUGGUCCUUCCCAGAGCGAAUCAAAUCCCCACGUACCGUUCGCAAACUUUCAAUAAAGAUGAAGAAGCUUCCGGAACUCAGCAGGAAGCUCAGUGUUAAAGGGAACCCGACUAACGGACCGACAGAAACCAGGAACCACUUGCUGAGUGCCAACAGUCCUGCUGAUCUGGCCUCAGGGGGCGUGUCUACAGCAUCCACGAGUGGCAACGUGAUCUGGCGGUAUCACCUGGACAGCAGCGUGUGCACACAGCAGCAGAAGAAGAGCAGUGGAUUAGGAGCUCCUAAAUCAGCCAUUAAGGGCGGCUACUUGAGCGACGGGGACUCACCGGAACUAGUCGCCAAAUCGGCCAAGCACGGCUCGUGUUCAAAAUCUCUCCCGAAAACACAGGAAAAGGAUUCCUUUUUGAAUUCUGGUGUCUCCAGACUGGCUGAUGGGGCUUCUUUCCGUCCAUACAGUUUACCAGAACAGACAAAGUGCACGUCAUCACCGCCCGUGUCAGGCCUGUUGAGUGUGCACUUGUGCGGCGCUGAGGGUCUAAAAGCACCACGAAGUGACGAAUCGCGCCACGUCUACUGCGCUAUUCAAGUAGACGAGACGAAGAGAGCACGCACGGCCCUUCUCCCCUGCCGUGCCGACUUCCUCGCCAUGGACCACACUUUCCAGCUGGAGCUGGAGGAAGCUCAGCGGCUCCGCCUCGUCCUCUUCGGUUGUGAGGCGACAGCGGCGCCGACGAGGCAGCGAGUGUGUUGUCACGGAGCGGUCGCACUGACGUCACUCUUCAGGACACAGAAUGCCGCCCGCACACACCGGCUCGCCGUGCGCCUCGAGCCACGCGGAGUCAUCUACGUCAAACUGGGACUGACGGAAAGGCGGCAGAGCUUAACAGAAGGGAACGAAUCGGAGAAGGAACGAGAGAGGGAGGUUUUCGGAGUGGACGCGGCACGGGUGGUGGAGCGCGAGGCUGCCGGGCUCAUGGUGCCGCUCAUCAUCGAGAAGUGCAUUGGUGAGAUCGAGCGGAGAGGAUGCCAGGUGGUGGGAUUGUAUCGGUUGUGUGGCUCAGCUGCGGUCAAGAAGGAGCUGAGGGAGGCGUUUGAGAAGGACAGUCAUGCUGUAGAGCUGUCUGAGAGCAACUACCCUGACAUCAACGUCAUCACAGGUGUUCUUAAAGAUUAUCUGAGAGAGCUCCCUCAUCCUCUCAUCUCGAAGCCUCUGUAUGAGGCGGUGCUUGACGCCAUGUCCAAGCGUCCUCUGAUGAUGGGAAACGGUGGCUGUGAGAACGACCCUCUCGACUCGGACCACACCUCGGGUUUGCUCGAGACGCUGCCGCAGGUUGAGAAGAUGACUCUGAGGAAACUUCUGGACCACCUGAAGCGUGUCGCGUCCCAUCACGAGGUGAACAAAAUGACAUGUCAGAACCUGGCCGUGUGUUUCGGACCUGUGCUGCUCAGUCAGAGACAAGAUGCUUCGAGUCUCGCAAACCGAGUGUUCAUGGACUCGGAGGAGCUAGCCAGUGCGCUGCACUUUAAAAAGCACAUUGAGGUUCUGCACUAUCUGCUGCAGCUGUGGCCAGUUGCGGACGUCCAGAGUAAACCUUCUUCUCCUGCCAUGGACGCCCCCGCCCCGGUGAGGAGAAGAAAAGAGCGCCCUCAGGUGUUAAACCUGAGCAACGCUGAGAUAGUGGGAGUUCUGCGUCCCCGUCCUGGACGCCUGGACAGCCCAAGCAACCGCUACGCUGGAGACUGGAGUGACUGCAAGGAAACGUACUUGCAUCAGAUGUGUCCCGAGGAGGAAGAGGAAGCCGACUAUGCCGACGUGCCCAGCGAAGACGAGAUGGACGAGGGUAAGGACAAAGAACGAAGAGAAGGGGAUGAUGAAUCACAAGAAAGCAGAAAAAAUAUACAAAUAGAAGUGGAGAAGGAGCAAAAGUGCGAUGUUCAAGAAGAUGUUAUUGUUGGAGAAGGACAGGACAUCGAGGACACACCAGUGCUAACGUCGUACGAUCGGAUGCUAGUAGAUGGAGAAGAGCACCGCAUUAAAGAGCACACAUAUCAGGCGUUCAUGAAGAUCCAGGAGAUCAGUCCUGUCCUGAGCAACAGGGUGAACCUGCGAGAUCUUCAGGAGAGCAUCGACACGCUCAUCGGCAACCUGGAGCGAGAGCUGAACAAGAACAAGCUGAACGUCGGCUACUAAAACGCUAAACACUCCGUGAUGAUCUUCAUGACUCUGUCUCUCAAACCUCGCACUUCAGCUCACACACUACAGACUGCAGACAUUCCAUACGGUUAAACAUCUGACUGUUAAGUGUCAGAGGUUUUUUCUUGGGUUCCUCGUCCUCUAGCUCGGUUUCUUACAUUUGUUUAUUAUCGUCGUUCAUUUCUUCUUAUUAGAAGAAUCCGUUAAGCCCCGAGGGGUGAGCCAGGUGCCUUAAUUGUGUAAAGGUGGUACUCACCGCUGUGGUGGACCUUUUUUUUUUUUUUUUUUAAUUAAUAAUUGUAUUAUUUCUAUGGAGGUACAGAUAAAUAAUGUAAACCAAUGCACUUACAAAGCCAGCUUUUAGAGGCAGAGACGAGGAUUCAGGUCAUCAGUACAGGCAAGAAAUAGAGUUAGAGGAGUAGAUCAUGGUGUUAAACCUUAAACAUGCCAAUAUUCUUUACCACAAACCAGAAACACCCCAAGAAAUAAACCCAAACCAUCCGAACACUUAAAAAAAACUGCAUCAAAACUUAAAAGCUACCUGAAAUCUGUACACAUCCUGACAUGCUUCCCUCAAAAGAAUUUAAGCUGCCAUUCCAUGGAAGCUCUAAAAUCCAUAAAAACUUCAGCCAACAACAAUCUAGAAAUCAAAUCCCACAACACGGAAAGUUUCCGUUUACUCCCCAUAGUAUGGGGCUUAUGCUAAACUCUGACCUGCUAAUCGCUAAUGUAAAAAAUCUUACCUUGUUUUAUAUAUAUAUAAAGUAUUGGUUGAAAUUUGGUCUGAGUUUAUUCGCUCAACAACACACUCAUCUUGCUAGCUAUGUAAAUGCAAGCCUGUGCUAGUCGCUAGAUCUUAGGUAACUAUAGUAACAUGUCUCCAGAAGAAGCUAUUGGACAUACACCACUCUUACGAGUUCUGUCAAGCUAAUAAACCUCUGAUUAACCAGCAUGCAUGCUAGCAUACACUUAGCUAACGUUAGGCUGUUCUGUAAAUAAAACCAGGAGCCAAUUACGUAGCACAUUGGCUAAUGUGAGCAAAAGUACAGUAGUGAUGUCAUCAGCACGUUCAGCACCCUGAACGCUCUCUGAUUGGCUAUUCCGGAGACGUGCGAGUGCGAGUUUGUUUUCAGUGUAAUAAUGGAAGCGUGCGCUUACGUCGUUCAUGUUAUUUAAAAAAGUAGCAUUGUGUUAGAGAAUUGUAGAUAAUUAGAAGUGUAACUGAAGCCUGAUUCUUUCCUCAGUCUGCUAAUUAUUUUUGAAUCCUACAUCAUGUUGGGAAAAUCAAUAAAACACAGCUGGUCGUGUGUUUGCUAACGACAGGUACGUGUGGAACACAUGUUCUCCAGAGUCCAGGGAAACGCUUCUGUCAGUAUUUAUCAGCUACGAGUGUAAAUAGAAUCACUGCUUAUAUUUUUGACAGCUUACAUGUUGGUGUGUCUGUAUUUAUAUGUCUCUCGGUUGCCUUGUAGCGUUCAGGCUUAAAAAUAAGAAAUGUUUAAAUAUGUUGCUGUUUUUUUUUUCUUUUACUUUGCGUGUGCAGGACGAUUCGAAGCAGCUCUAGUGGUAAGUUACGAAGAAGAAAAAAAAGCAGUGUGGGGUUUUGUGCACACACUAGUUCAUUGAACGCUGCAUGGUCAAAAGCUUUAAUCCGAAUCUGCUUCAUUUGUCUGUAUUUAUGUGUGUAAAUAGAGAGGAUUAUAAUGAGGCUCGCAUGGUUUAUGCUGCCUGUUUGCUUUUCUGUUUGGCAGCUGCACACACAGUUGUGAACUCAUCGUCGUGUAUUGACGCUUAUGUGAACACGGCGGUGUUGAAGCGUGUGUUAUAGGUCAUGGCAGAAAGGUCAAGGUUCGUGUCAGUAAUGAUUCUGAGGUCACUUACACGCCUGUUAGUCCGAAUCAGAGCGAAAUCACAGGAUUUUCAGAGCCUGGAUCAGUUGAUUCCAUCAAACACACACAAGACAGCAUGCUAGUGUGAAUGCAGGCUAGCGUAGCUGAGUUAAAACCGGUUUUGUUUGUACUACAAUGUGAACGCCAGCUUCAUGAGCUUCAUGGAAACUGAUGUUGUACUCUGGCAUUAUUUUGCUGCCAAAAGUCUAAAUGCAAAUUUGUUUUCUCAGAUUAAACAGAUUCUCUGAAACGCUCCACUUUCGGCAGUAAAAUAACGCCGUACAGCUCCGUAAGCACUGAUCUGUGAUCAGGUUUUUAUUUCGAGUUCUGUCCUCUAUUGUACAGAGGAUGAGUUUAAAACUGAUCCUGGGUCAGGGAUUAAGGCUUAAAAAAGGUACCGGAUUAAAUGUACAGUGUGAACUGCUCGUUUUAUUGUGAAAACAUUCCUUUAGUUUCACCUUGGAAAUAGUGUACCGUUGUCUAGGAUGCGUUUUGUUUUGUUUUGUCUUGUCAUUGGACAACCGUAAUAUGAUGAAACUGUCACUAAUCAGAUAAACUUUGUACUGAUACUGUAAAAAUAUACGGACGUAAUAAAGUAUAUAUUUCAUAUCGGA